CGGUUUGCCCAAUCCGAGUGCGAAUAGAUUGGCCAAUUGUACCCAGGAUUUUCUUUUGGUACUGCACCAUCCACAUCACCAUGUAUGACCCAUUCCUCCCCAUGUUCACCAACCCGCAUAUGUGGGCAUCGUCCCAAGUCGACUACGCCACGCGCCGACUCAUUUUGUGAGCCUGAUGAUCAAUCGUCGCCCAAUUCACAACUCUAAUAUCCUCAAGUGUAACCUGGAAAAUGGGAACCAUCAAGGACACCGUCCGCAAGCUCGAGCGCGAAAUGACCGGCCUCCGCCUCAAAAUCCAUGAAAAAGAAAUCGCCCUGAAAGUAACAUGGGACAGCCGACACAGAAAGAGCGUAGAGCUGUAUAGCAAAGCACACCUGCAAGACUGGUCUGCAGCUCUCUACGCCAAGCUACCUCGCGAGCUCCGCGAUAUGAUCUAUACGCUCAGUCUCAACAAUGACUGGGAUGACCAGAUGCUGGUCGACAGUCUGACAGUUCUGUAUGGCUUCGGUCGCCCGCAGGUGUGGAACCACGAUCAACUGCGCGAGUAUGUGCUGCUGGACCGGUCGUUCGUCAAGAGAGAAGUGGCCAUCGAAGUCGCAGAGAUGAUCUAUAGGCGCGCCGAGGUCCCGUCCUUUGGGAUGAACCGCCGCGAAGGCAAGCCCCGCGUCCUGCACUUGAAGGAGUUUCUCAAGCGUGAUUUCUUCGGCCUAGGCGUCCUCCCUGCCGCCCACAUCCGCCGCCUCGAGCUCAAACUCCUAAAAAACAAGCUCUCCACCAGGAACCAGGACGCUCUUCGCGAGAACCUCAAGGCCCUGACCCUCUGUGCCCACAACCGCCACUUGCGCAUCGACGUCACCUUCCCCCGCGGCAACUCCGCCAUCGAUGUCCUCUUCUUCCUGAACAUCCUGUCCUCCACAUACAAAGCUCUCGCGUCGCCGAACAUCACCUUCGACAUCACCUACAAGCGGCGCGUGCACGAAGCCGACCCCCCGGACGCAGACAGUGAUGAAACCCGGGAACUGAAUCUCACGCACAUGCUCGAGCUGCCGCAGGGGAUGUGGAAAGACCACAUGAUGGCGCUGUGUGAGUGCGUAGGGAAGCUUUCGGCGAAAGAGCAGCGAUGGCGCGGGUACCGGGCGUUGAGGAGGGAGAAGGAUGUCUGGGCGGAUAUGGAGACGGAAGGGGACACAUUGGCGAUAAGGGAUCCGCACGGGCGGGAUGUGUGGGGUCAGUGUGGAGAAAUUGGGUGCACGCCAUUCUGGGGCGAGUCUUGGGAUCAGGAGCAUUGGCUUGGGGACAGGUGCGAGGAGGUGGGUGAGGAUGGGAUCGAGGAUUAUUCGAGGGAGGGUGCUUGAAACUGCAUGGCGAGAUGGAGGAGGUUGAAUUUUUUUUUUAGGGGCUGCAUCUGCGGUAAAAAGAAAGAUGGUCUGGGAUAUUAUUCUAGGGGAGUUGUAGCGUUGCUUUCCUUCACUUCGACUACUGGACUUGGUCAGCGUAUUAUGACGCUGAUCAUCGAGUCCUGCCUCGAGUCCGUCCCAGACCGCGGUCUCUGCAGGGUCUAUGCAUCGCUUCACUCCAUAGAAUGACACACGACCGCUGAGACACAAU